AUGCGAUGGCCUUGGUCGGGCGACGACCAUGAGCAAAACAAAAGCAGCCGUCUAUGGGCUACAUCGCCGAAGUCGAGCGAUUGGCCAAGCACUCUAGUCGAGCCACGGACCCUGAUUGCGACCCUCGCACUAACAGUAUCAACGGUUGCUGGAGUCCGCCUCUACAAGACCUACCUACGGCGCAUCCCGACCGUCAAUCAUAUCAAGCCCAACUACUUUCGUCGCAAAAGUUUGUUUGGCCAAGUCACGAGCGUCGGAGAUGCAGACAACUUCAGGCUGUAUCACACACCUGGCGGAAGGAUAGCUGGAUGGGGCUUGCUGCCAUGGAAAAGGAUACCGACCAAAAGGGAGGACUUGACAAAGCAAACACUUCACAUCCGAAUUGCUGGAGUCGAUGCCCCCGAACUUGCGCAUUGGGGCCGAGAAGCUCAGCCGUUUUCAAAGGAAGCCCAUGACUGGCUCAUCAACCUGAUUCAUAACCGUCGAGUACGCGCAUACAUAUACAGACGUGACCAGUACGAUCGCGUUGUGGCGCAGGUCUAUGUGCGCAGGUGGCUCUUCAGGAAAGAUGUUGGUUUAGAGAUGCUGAGGGCGGGUCUAGCGACAGUAUAUGAAGCUAAAACGGGCGCUGAAUUUGGUACCGUCGAAGACAAGUAUCGCGCUGCAGAACAGAAGGCUCGUGAUAGCAAGGUUGGGAUGUGGGCUAAGCCAACUCUGAGACAGAGACUAGGCGGCGCUCCUACACAACCACCGGAGAGCCCACGAGAAUACAAAAAUCGACAUAAUGCAGCAGAAAAAUUGAAAAAGCCUGGAUGA